AUGCCAAACAACAAGGAACAAGCCUUGAAGAAAGCAAUAUGGCUGAAAGGAAAGUUCGCAAGUAACGACCGAUACUUUGCCGAGGAAAACCUCGUAACUGAGCCUGGAAAAGUGUGGUAUCUUCCACAUCACGGAGUCUAUCACCCGCACAAGCCCAACAAGAUAAGAGUCGUAUUCAACUGUAGUGCAAAGUACAACGGCACAUCGUUAAACAGCCAGCUUUUACAAGGUCCAGAUCUUACAAACUCGCUAAUUGGAGUUCUUCAACGAUUCAGAAGAGAACCCAUAGCUAUAAUGGGAGAUAUAGAAGCUAUGUUCCACCAGGUUCGUGUUCCACCCCAGCAGUGCGAUUUUCUUAGGUUCCUUUGGUGGCCAGAUGGCAAUCUUGAAGCAGAAAUACAAGAGUACCAGAUGCUUGUUCAUUUAUUUGGCGCCACAUCAUCGCCUAGCUGCUCGAACUAUGCUCUAAAGAAAAGCGCAAAUGAUGCAGAACCAUUGUACGGUAAUCUUGCCGCAGAAACAGUGAGAAGAAACGUCUACGUGGAUGACUGUUUAACAUCUGUAAAAGAAGAAGAGACUGCUGUCAAGCUUAUUGAUGAUCUUCCCAAGACCUGUGCUUAUGGUGGAUUUCGCCUGACCAAGUUCGUGUGUAAUCAUCGAAACGUUUUGCAGUCCAUCCCUAUUCAAGAAUGUGCAAGCAAGUUUGUAUCAUUAGACUUGGGUCAAGAUAGUCUACCAAUCGAACGAGCCCUUGGUGUACAAUGGUGUGUUGAAUCUGACACAUUUGGAUUUAAGAUCAUGUUGAGCGAUAAACCUACAACGAGAAGAGGCAUAUUGUCAACUGUUUCAUCCGUUUACGAUCCGCUUGGUUUUGUGGCACCUAUCAUCUUGCCAGCUAAGAAAGUCCUCCAAGAUCUGUGCAAAGAAGCUGACUUAGGAUGGGACGACGAAAUACCUAGUGAACAUCAAGUACAAUGGACAAAAUGGCGCAAGCAACUACCGUUGCUGGAUCAAGUGACAGUCAAUCGUUGUUACAAACCACCCGGUUUUGGAGUCAUCGUGUCCAAGCAAAUCCACACAUUUUCAGACGCCAGCACAAUGGGCUAUGGAUCAGUUGCAUAUCUACGCUUGAAAGAUAACAAGAACCAAAUUCAUUGCACCUUUCUGUUUGGGAAAGCACACCUUGCGCCCAUCAAAGUUACAACGGUACCAAGACUAUAA